AGGUUCUGGUAGCGAGAGAUUACAUCACGUGGAAUGUGACGCGUAAAUCCAGGAAGUGGUUCUGUUCACAUAUAAGCAGCUGAAGCCGAGGAGCCACAGCCUGAUGCUGCUGCUGCUGAGCCAGACGUCCAGACGCCAUGUUCAAAGCUGCAGCCCAAGAGUUCGUCAAAAGACUGACAACUGGCAAGCAUUUCAUUCCCAAUGAAGACCCAGAGACAGAAGUAGACCUUCUGACUUUAGUCAGAAUCAAGAAGGGGAUUUUCUGGAAUUAUCCCAAGUACAAAGUGCUCAGGUCCACCUUACCUAAGCUUGUGGGGGUGAAGACGUUUUCACCAGGUGAUAAGGAGGACGAGAUGGCAGUGGAUUUCAGGAUGUUCAGAACGAUCAGUGGAAACGUCCAAGUGAAGGCAGGAGAUGUUGUGGAUGCUGGGAUAAGCGCUGAUGUUGUGGAUGCUAUGACUUCUGUUACCAUCAAGAAAAAGACAGUGGAUUUUGAUUGUGUGAGGGAAACUUUCAGGGGCAAGUCCAUUAACAAAGAAGACCUGAAGCAUCUGAAACUAAACAAACAACACACACUGGGGUUUGUUUAUGAGAGGGCUUACAACACUCAACCUGUGACAUUGACCAAUGUAGGAAGCUAUGAGGGAAAAGUCUCAGGAUUGUAUCAGAGCCUGGUGAAUGUGGGUGUUGGGGUGAAGGGAGAGUUGUUCGCCACCUACAAGGUACCAGAAAAUAAAACCUUUGCUUACAGCCUGGUGGAGAUCACAGUGACGAAGGGGAAGAUCGAAAUCCCUAUUGAAACCUGGAGUCACAAACAAGAUUGGCUCUCUGAUGCCAUAGACAAUGAUAUCCUGGAAAAAGCUAGAGAGGGGAUUGAAACAAAGGAAAAUAUUCUGAACCUGAUUGACAGACUUCCAGAGUCGACUCGUGGAGAUGUGCUGAAAAAGCUCAGAGAGGUUCUGGAGGAAGAGGAUGCUCUGAGUGAGCUGGAGGACAUGCUGAACGACAGCAGUGGGCCUCCUGCUUCUAAGACUGUCUCUUCCUUCAUGGACAUCCUGGACCAAUCCAAGGCCCCCAAGGCCAGGGACGGUCUUUGUGUUCUGGUUGCCUCCUUGGAUGUUCUGCCUCUGCCACUGCAGCGAUCUCUGACCUCAGGAAGUCCCGAGUCUAUCACCGUCCUCAACCAGCUGGUGGAAAGUCUGAAGGACAACGAUGAACCCAAGCUGACCGGUUCUGUCCCCGCCGGCCUGCAGCCAGAUGGAGAUCUGCGUUGGGCCGCUGAUCUCCUCUGUUCCUCUGAUGAGGCGCUGAAGACGCUGACUGAUCUCUUCGAUCUGCCACCAGAGGUUCUGCUGGAGGUUCUGGCUCUGGCCGUGAUGGGAAUCCACAAGCUGCAGGGCGGAGAGUAAAGCCGGUCCUGCUGGUGGACGUUUCACACUGGGGACUUUAAAUGAGGGAAAUAUUUUUUCAAUUCUGGGCCACUUCCUGUUGGGUUUCCUGUCACAGCGCCACCGUCUGUCAGGAAGGUUAAAUAACAACGAGCUGCUUGUGUCUAAAUGCCUGAUUUGUUGUAUUUUCAUGUUCUGAAUGAAACUUUGACUUUAAAAAUGAAAACCAAUCUAUUGUCUGUCUCCUCUCAGUGAUUAUUAAAGACAUUCAAACAUGAAA